AUGAUGAAAGAAUCUGACCCAAUUAGAAAGAAUUACGAUGAGUUAAUCUCGGCGACAGAAAUUCCCGACGAGGUUGACCUGCCUAAUGGGGGUAAUCUCAAGCGUGACUUUAAGCAAAGACAUGUUACCAUGCUAACUUUGGCACUGGCCAUUGGAACGGGGUUAAUUAUUGGCUCUGGAACUGCUCUUAAGCGAGGAGGAACUGUAAGCAUUUUUCUUGCAUAUAUUUUUACUGGAUCCUUACUAUUAGUCGUUAUUUAUUCAUUGGCCGAAAUGGCCAGUUUCCUCCCCAUGCAGAAAGGGUUCAGUGGAUAUUGUACAAAAUAUGUUGACCCUGCAAUUGGAUUUGCUGCAGGCUGGAAUUACUUUCUUAAAUAUGCUGUAGUAUUGUCGGCAAACUUGACAGCUGCCGGAUUGGUUAUAGAAUAUUGGAGAGAUGAUCUAAACAUUGGAAUUUGGAUCUCUAUUCUAUAUGUACUUGUAAUAGCUUCCAAUUAUUUGAGUGUACGAUUUUAUGGGGAGCUAGAGUAUUGGCUAGCAGCAGCAAAAUUGUUGGUAUUAGCAAUCAUUUUCAUCGUUUGUAUUGUUAUUACAAGUGGGGGAGCCCCAAAUCAUGAAACUAUUGGAUUUAGGUUUUGGAGAGAGACUCCAUUCUUGCCCUACCUUGUAAAGGGAAGUACUGGUAAAUUUUUAGGAUGGUGGGCAUGUGUGAUCCAAUCACUUUUCGGAUUCAUUGGUUCCGAGAUGGUUGGUAUAGUUUUCGGAGAAGCUCCAAAUCCCCGUGAAACUAUUCCCAAAUCUUCAAGACAAGUUAUCUUUAGAAUUGCAUUUAUCUAUAUAUUGGGUGUAUUUCUAUUAGGGUUGGCGGUCUCGCCUCAAAACCCCUUGUUAGUGAAAGCUGGUGGCACUAAUGCAAAUGCCUCACCAUUUGUAAUUGCUAUAAAAUCAUCUGGAAUUGAAAUUCUUCCCUCUUUCAUUAAUGCUUGUUUGUUGAUUUUCAUUGCAAGUUCAGCAAAUACUGAUCUUUAUAUUUGUUCUCGUCAAUUAUACGGAUUGGCACAAGAUGGCGCAGCACCAAGAAUUUUCUUGAAAUUAAACAAAUAUGGUGUUCCAUUUAUUGGAUGUUUAUUUGCGGCAAUAUUUGGUUCAUUGGCCUAUUUAAAUGAAAAGGAUACAGCCUCUGAAGUUUUUGGAUAUAUUACCAGUACUGUUUCAAUUUUUGGAGUUAUCAAUUGGAUCUAUAUAUUGGUGGCAUAUAUUGGAUACUAUAGGGCUAUCGUGGAGCAACAUGUUCCUCGAGAUGAUAUUCCUUUUAGAAUGUGGUGGCAACCAUAUAGUACCUAUGUGGCCCUUUUUCUCAUUUCAAUUGUUACUAUUUUCAAUGGGUAUAGUGCAUUUAUUCACAAGUUUAAUUACAAACUCUUCAUCACUUCUUAUGUUGGGAUUGUGGCAAAUGUGGUAUUGAUUAUUGGAUAUAAAAUAUGGCAUAAGACCAGUUUUGUUAAACCAAGUGAAGUUGACUUGAUAAACCCAUAA